AUGGUAGAUCAAGGAAGUGGGGCUGAAAUUAUGUAUUCGGAACUAUACAAAGGGUUGGGGUUGAAACCUGAGGACCUCAGUAAGUAUGACACCCCCUUGGUAGGAUUUGACGGGAGAAUUGUGACCCCCAAAGGGAUGAUUAAAUUGCCCGUGCAAAUGGGUUGUGAAGUAGUUGAAGUAGACUUCAUUAUGGUUUAUGCCUAUUCCCCCUACACUACAAUUUUGGCAAGGCCAUGGCUCUACGCUAUGGGGACAGUCUCCUCAACUUUGCAUAUGAAAGUGAAGUAUCCAAUUGAGGGGUGCGUUAGGGAGCUACAAUCAAUAGUUGGAGUGUCAGAGGUCUCGGAUAGAAUGACAAAGAUUAGUGUACAAUGUGAAGAAUUGGAGAAGAUUGUCCUUGGUUUGGAAAAUGAUAAAUAUUUCCAGAUCGGAACACAACUACCUCUAGCUGAGAAGGAAGAGUUCUUAGUCUUUCUGAGAAAUAACUUAGAUGUUUUUGCUCGGAGCACAUACGAGGCUUUGAGGGUAGAUUUGGAGUUCAUAUGCCAUCACCUCAAUGUGAACCUAGCCAUAACACCGAGGAGGCAGCAGCCUCGACGAUCUUCUAAGGAACAUGCUGAAGUAGUAAAAGAGGAAUUCAACAAGCUCAAAAAGGCUGGGGCCAUCAAGGAGGUUUUUUUAUCCAUAAUGGUUGGCCAACACCGUGGUAGUCAAGAGGAAGUCAGGUAA